AUGGCUUUACUGUCACUGCUGUUGGUGCUUGUGCAAAGCCUGAUCCAGUACCCCCAGCCAGCUGGGGACGGGCUGGAUGAGGCCACACACCAGAGAAUGCGUGAGCAUCAGGAGCUGCUGGACUGUGAGAUGGCCCGGCUGCUGCAGGAGCUGGAGCGGGACGAGGGCUGGGGAGCCGUGCCCUUUGGUGCCCUGCAGCAGUGGCCAGUCUGGGUUCUUCCUGGCGUCCUGCUCCUCUUGGACCAGUGGUUGGGCUGCAGGAGAAGGAGCUGUGAGGCCAGAAGCAGCAGCAAGGACCAGAGCUCCUGCAAGACUUUGGGAGAUGAGAGAAUAACUGAACAGGAAGAAGACACCGCUGAUCCAGAGGAAGGUGGAGAAGAUGGUGAUAUGACUCUGGAGACAGAUGACAGUGGCACUGAAAAUGACAGAGAAGGCAGUCCUGUGGCUGCAGAUGACGGAGAUAAGGAUGAUGCCAUUGAAGGCAAUUAUGAUGUGAAGAUGAACGAAGACAGCGAUGUCAACAGUGGCACUUAUGAUGUCAAGGAAGACAGUGAUGUCUACAAUGGCUAUGACUUGAAGAAAGAAGGACAGAGAAGCGAGAGGGAGCAGCUGGGCGAGAUGCUGUUGUGCCUCCUGCACCACUCACAAGAGGAGCUGCAACGGAAGCAGCAGCGCAGCCUCCUGGAGACACUCCACACUGGCUCCUACCUGGAUGUAGAGAAAACCUCCCACUGGUUCUUCCAGAUGGUGAGAUGCUUGUGGCUGCAUGUGCCUCAGUCAUACUCAUGCCACUUGGUGUUUCAGCCCUGCAGCCGGUCCUGCCAAUUCCAGCUGAGCAGAGGCAAGAGGACCCUGCCAGUGGAGAUGCUUUUUGGUGUGUGCCAAGGGGACUCUGACAUCUUUGUGGUCAGCCAGCCCACAGAGGCCCAGAAAGGCAAUUCCAGUAACCUCGCAAGCACAGCGUGGCCUGAGACAUUCGCUGUGGCAGAGGCAAAAUUCUUCCAGCACAUUGCCAGGCAGAUAUCAUGUAAGAGGUUGCACCUGAAAUACCUGCAGCUCUUCACCUGCAUGCUGAGCGGCACAGGUUUUUCCACCUCUACCUGGAAGACUCUGGUCAUGCAUGUGUUAAACAUCAUACCGCAGGUCUACUGGCACAGGAAGGAAUUUCCACUGCGGCUGUGGGACAUCAUGGUGUUCCUGAAGUUCUGCCUGAAAUGGAAACACCUGGGCCAUUUUGUUCUAGGCAACGAGAAGCUUCCUGCAGAGAUCAGCUUGCCGCCAGCAAUGCAAAAGGUUGAGCCACUCAACCUCUUUGAGUACCUGGCCCGAGAUCCAGAUGCCCACAGAAAGGCGAUGGAGGCUUGUGAGCAGCUGUACUUUCGCCUCUGGAUGCUGCUCUCCAACAUUGAGAGGAGUUCCCUGCACAAAGCUCUGAUGGAGAAGUUCACAGCCGAUUGCUGCGACAUGGACUCUUUGUGAUGGUUGUAUUUGUCCCUGGCAAUCCUGAAGCUGCUUUCCUGCUCUUGCAGAAGGAAGAUGCUGCAGCGCAUGGAUUCGUUGUGCAAACACUUCUCUGAGUGGCCUUGAGUUUAGACUAGAUUAGUUUAAACCCUUAAUUUAGAGAAUUACCCUUAGUUUAGAGAAUCCCCCCAGUUGCUUGUCUGCUUUUAAAUAAUACUUGAAUAUCUAUGUUUGAGAAACUAAUAAAAGAAGAUAAGUUUCUCAAAUUGCCUGAAAUGUGUCAUUCCUUGU